AUGAUUUUGAUAGAUGAAAGAAGAAUCCUAUGGAGCGAUAGUGCUAAUGAGCCACCAAAGACCUAUGAGCUGGUAACCGUUACGUAUGGUAUGGUCAGUGCUCCCUGCUUAGCAAUGAGGACACUAAAACAGCUUUCAUUAGACGAAGAGAGCAAUUUUCCAUUGGCAGUACCUGUGUUACGUGAAAAUUUCUAUAUGGAUGAUGUGUUAUGCGGAGCUCCGACGUUAAAAGAGGCUAAGGAGUUACAACAGCAGCUUAUAUCGAUUUUGCAAAGAGCAGGCAUGCAGUUGCAUAAAUGGUGCGCAAAUCAUUCGGAACUUUCUCUAAACCGGGAAGAAUACAGAUUCUCCAGUCUAACUGAAACAAAAACCUUGGGCGUGUCAUGGAAUCCAAUAAAGGAUUGCUUUUCCUUCAGAGUUAAAAUAGAGCUUAGUGCUUUGUAUACUAAGAGAUGUGUCUUAUCGUCGAUUGCCAGAAUAUUUGAUCCUUUGGGUAUUCUUGGUCCUGUUAUAGCCAAAGCAAAGAUUUUCAUGCAGGAGCUAUGGCGUCUUAAAAUUGAUUGGAGUGACAAACUUCCUACUGCUGAAAAUCAGGAAUGGCAUCAAUUUCUGGUUACACUAGAGAGCAUAAACAGUAUCGAUAUUGACAGACGUAUAGUGAUUGAUCAAGCUAAAAAGUUGAGAUCCAUGGUUUUGCUGACGCUUCUGAACGUUGUUUCGGAGCAGCUUGAGCUAUGUGCAGCUGUCUUAUUAUCAGAGUUGGUGAAGAAAGUCCUUAUCGCCUUGACAUUAGAAGUGACUCAAGUCUACUUAUGGACAGAUUCAAUGAUAGUUCUCGCAUGGAUACAAAAGGAACCUAUAGACCUUAAGAAGUUUGUUCAGCAUAGAGUGGCCAAAAUUCAAGAACUUUCAUCUGUUCAACAGUGGCAUCAUGUGGCAUCGGAUCAGAAUCCGGCGGAUCUCCUAUCACGGGGUGUAGAUCCUGAUAAGCUAAUGCAUCCUAAAUUGUGGUGGUGUGGUCCAACGUUUCUGGUGGACAGUGACUAUCCAACGCGGACAGUAACUAUCUCGGAUAAAAGUGAGGAUUUCAGUGCCGAACUCAAAACCCCAUAUCAUAAAGACUCCAAAGACACUUUACUAGUGUUCGUGAAUAAUUUGAAAAAGCCCUUAGACAGAUUGUCAGGACCAAUUAGUGUGCAGGAAAUAACCAAAGCAGAAUUGUUCCUGAUAAGAGUAACUCAAAGUGAAUGCUUUGGCGAAGAUAUCCACCAUUUAAUAAGGCACGGAACUGUCUUACAUAAAAGUAAGUUAAAGAAUCUGAAUCCCUUCCUGGAUUCUGAUUUAGUUCUCAGAGUAGGAGGCUGUUUCGGUAAGACAAAUCUUACUUAUUUUGCUAAACAUCCAGCAAUAUUACCUAAAGUUCACAAAUUUACUUUAUUGGUUAUUGAACAUUGUCACAAAAGAUAUUUGCAUGUUGGUGCAACCGCAUUAUUGAGUCACGUGCGUGAAAAGUUCUGGCCAUUAAAUGGUCGUUCUAUUUGUCUUAAAGUUGUACAUGAUUGUAUUGUAUGUUUAGAAAACAAACCAGUUGUUUGUAAACAAAUAAUGGGAAAUAUCCCAUCAGACAGAGUUGUACCAGAUUAUCCUUUUAAUUGA